AUGGCACGACAAAUUAAUUUUGAAAACAUUAAUAAUGAUGCAUUGGAUAAAGUCAUGAAAAAACCAUUCACUGCUCGUCAAUUACUAGGAGCACUUGUUACAAAAGAACUUCAAGAACGUGAUGAAAUCUCCUCAUCAAUUCCUAUAGAUGAGGCUACUAUUGAACUAAUUGAUAAUUGGCUUGAUGAAAAUUUGUCAACAAUAACUGACCUAUUAAAUAGGCUUGAACUUCAAAAGCUUUCUAAACAACAUCAUAAUGCUAACAAUGGUCGUCAACUUUAG